CGCGAACGAAACCGCGAGUGUGAGUGUACCAAUUUGUUGCUGUUAAGGAAAAGAACGAAAACGCGAACGGAUAUCGCGCGGCACCUGAGCGACAUCAACAACCUCCUGACGACCACCACCAUCUACACGGAAUCAUCAGUCAUCAUUUGCGUCAACAUUCCGAAGUUCCAACCCACGACCUAUCAGAAAUUCGUCAUCGAGCCUCUACCCAUCUUCAACCACUCUGUAAAGGUCAUGUACAACAAAGUUUUCACCAAUCAAGAUGAAAUUCUUGCCAUAAAAUCAGAAUGCCGAGAAAGCAACAGAGUCACAAUCUGCGAGAGGAGACAAUUAGUUGACAUCAGCAAUAGCCAUUGCGAAGCUCCACUUCUAAAGGGACGACAAGGACAAUGUCCUUCUUCGGAAUCGCCAACAUCAACAGAAACCAGAAUAAUCGCCCCAGGAACAUUAUUGGUUAUUACCAUCAAUCAAAAAGUAGCAAUCAAUAGCACCUGCGGAAUACCAGCAAGAACAUUGACCGGAAUUCACCUUAUUACAUUCCACAAUUGUUCGAUUUACAUAAAAAACGAGCUUUUCGAAAACUACGAGCUCAAAUUUAACCACGCAUCAGUUCUACCAAUGCAACUAACUAACAUAAAAACAUUGCAUAUAGAACGGCACGUAAAUUUAUCAGAGUUACACGAACUUAACCUGAUAAACAGACGACACUUAGAAACAGUGGACUUCAAAUACCGGCUUAGCUUGGGAACGUUCAGCACCGUCAUCCUUCUCAUACUUGCAUUGUUGGGCCUUGGCAUUUACAAGUGGAAAAAUUCGAAACCAAUGGAUUGCUCGGGACGAGCAAAACUUAAGGGGGGACGAGUUAAGGAAGUAACAGCACUGGAACAGGAAUCAAUCGCAACCAGCCUGACACCUUCGAAUACCAGGUCACCCGAACCAGUUGAACCUGCACACGCUAACACCCAGACAGCAUGGUCAGCAAGACGCCCGGCACCAUCGAAUAUCGUGUCACCUGAACCAGGUGGGCCUGUACGCGCUAACACCCAGGUCGCGUGGUCAGCAAGAUCGAAUAUGGGAACACAUCAGCCAACAAUGGAUCUCACUGGCGCGGUAUCGUUGACAGGUGCAAGGCACUUUUAG